CAUGUUAUAUGAUGCGCACGUUUUGGACUUUUCGGGAAUAUACGCAACAUAAGUCACGUGACUGCUUUAAUGAACGGUCAUGAUGACGCCACUGUUUGGAAAGUUACCAGCGUUUAGACUGUUUAUGACAAAUGCGGUGCAUUCAGUUUUGAACAAUAAGCGGCAUGGGCUUCAGGGCAUUGUCCCACUUGUGCAGAGUGUGGAAGAGACUCCAGAGCCCAUCCCUACCACAAUAAAAGGCACAAUACCUCCUUGGAUCCAUGGAAAUUUUCUUCGCAAUGGACCUGGAAAAUUUGAGUUUGGAAAUAAACCCUUUAAUCACUGGUUUGAUGGGAUGGCCAUGAUGCACUGCUUUCAGAUUGCUGAUAGUCAAGUGACCUAUAGGAGUCGCUUCCUGCGCAGUGACUCCUACAAGCAGAACAGUGAGAUGAAUCGAAUUGUGAUGUCUGAGUUCGGUACUCUUACUGUCCCUGACCCAUGCAAGAAUAUCUUCCAGCGCUUUCUAUCCCGUUUUGAGAUAAUGAAGCCUACAGACAACGCUAAUGUGAACGUGGUGAAAUACAAAGGUGACUACUAUGUCAGCACUGAAACAAACUUUAUGCACAGAAUUGAUCCGGACACACUAGAAACAAAAGUGAAGGUGGACUGGAGUAAGUUUGUUGCUGUUAAUGGUGCCACCGCACACCCCCAUGUUGACCCAGAUGGUACAGUCUAUAACAUGGGAAACUCCUAUGGCAGGAAAGGAGCUUUAUACAACAUUAUCAGAGUUCCUCCAAAGAAUGAAGACCCUGAUGAAACGCUGCAUGGGGCAACGGUGCUGUGUUCCAUUUCCCCUGCUGAAAAAAACAAGCCUUCCUAUUACCACAGCUUUGCCAUGUCAGAGAACUAUGUGGUGUUCAUCGAACAGCCCAUAAAGAUGGACCUGCUAAAGAUAGUGACAUGUAAGAUGAGGGGGAAAAGCAUAAGUGACUGUAUCUAUUGGGAGCCAAAACAAGAGACUGUCUUUCAUGUUGUAAACAAACAUACCGGACAGGUGAGUCCAGUGAAGUACCACACCAAGGCUGUAACCACACUCCACCAGAUCAAUGCAUUUGAGGAGAAUGGCUUCCUCAUAGUAGAUACGUGCUGCUCAGAUGAUGGCCAGAUCCUACAAGUCUACCUUCUUCAGAACAUGCACAAGUCAGGAGAAGCACUGGAUGAGGUCUAUAAGAGCUUAUCCAUGUCAUUUCCUCGCCGCUUUGUUCUGCCUCUGUACAUUACCAACGAUACUCCACUGAACCAGAACCUCAACACACGGCCCAACAGCUCUGCUUCUGCUGUCUGCCUUGGCAAAGACAAGGUUUUCUGCAUGUCUGAAGAUCUGCAUGACGGUGAACUGCUGGAUUAUGGUGGGUUUGAGUUACCUCACAUUCACUACGACAAGUGCAACACCAAACCAUACCGCUAUUUCUAUGGCUGUGGCUUUGGCCACCUGGUGGGAGAUUCGCUGAUCAAGAUAGACCUGGAGAGUAAAAAGCUUAAGGCGUGGCAUCAACCAGGCUUCUAUCCAUCUGAGCCUGUGUUUGUUCCCUCACCUAAUGCAGAGGAAGAGGAUGAUGGCGCCAUCUUAUCUGUUGUCCUCACACCCACUGUGGAUAAAGGUUCAUUCAUGCUGGUUCUUGAUGCUAAGACUUUUGAGGAACUUGGAAGAGCUGAAGUGCCUGUUAACAUUCCGUACGGCUUCCACGGGACCUUUAACGCCUCAGUAUAGGGGGAAAAAGAUUUCUGUCAACAGAUUUCAACCCAGGCAGGAAACCAACCCAGCCACUGAAGGGUUCAUCCUCAGUGCCGGUCCCUAGUCCUAAGCAGAAAAUGGGAGGGUUGCAUCAAGAAGGGCAUCUGGUGAAAAACCUGCACCAAAAACAAAUAUGCAAAUCAGAUGAUCCUCAAGUGACCAAAGUGCAAAAACAACAACAUGAACACAAUACAUAAAAAAUCACAAAAUUAUUCAAUUCAAUUCGAUACAAACUGUAUUUGUAUAGCACUUUUAUCAACGGACAUUGUCUCAAAGCAGCUUUACAGAACAUAAACAUAAUACAAAAAAAAAAAUUAUAUUAUACAAAGAUUAAUAUAAUACAAAAAGUUAAGAUUUAUAGUAGACUUAUAUUUAAAUGUGUUUGUAUUUAUCCCCAAUGAACGAGCCUGAGGUGACUGAGGCGACUGUGGUGAGGAAAAACUCCUUGGAUGGAAGAGGAAGAAACCUUGAGAGGAACCAGACUUGCCAAGAAAUCCACUUCAGAAGGUCGACUUCAGCAGCCGGUUUGCUCAUACAGUUUCUUCCCAUAUCCCAAACCCAUACCAGUAGGUGGAUUGGUAAGAUAAAUCGCCUCCAGGUGUCUGCAUGGUGCCCUGCAGUGGGUGUAUUCCCUACUCACACACAGUGUUCUCCAGAUCCUCCAUAACCCUGACCACGAUAAAGUGAUUACUUAAGAAGAAGAAUGAAUGUCUGGCUCUGCAUUGUCAUGGUGGGCCCUAGCACAGGUGAAUGUCUGUUGAUGUGCACUCACCACACAGUCGGAUUUGGUUAUGGUGAAUCAAAUGCUUUCCCUUUCACGAGGCUGACUGGCUGCCAGGUGUCACCAUAUUGCAACCGUCAUCCACCACAGAAAUGUGGAGAGCUAUCCGUUGAAACUGAUAGCAGUUGGCAUGGAGAAGUUGCAAAUACAUGCAUACUGUGUCUGUUUUUCAUUUAUGUUAUUCUUUCUGUAGUGUGUACUGCAUAGCAUUGUACGGUAGUCAUAGUUAAGAAUAAUCAUAAUAACCAUAUCCCACUGUCUGGUUUUGUGUUUUUAUUGAGGUGUGUUGUAAUUACAGCCAGUGACAUACUGUACUACAUUACAUUAAUAGUGUUUCAGAGCAUUUACAUAAUAUUUACCUUAACCAACAGUCUCAGUGCAAACAUUCACACCACGUAGGUGAGCUGAAAUGCUUGUAUUAGCAUCUCAGGAACUUUUUUUUUUGAAAAGUUCUUCAUGAUUGACAGGUUUUUAACUUCAUUAUGAUCCUCUGAGAAGGUAAACUUUAGCAAAGUAGGAAAAGUUGUAGAAGAUAUCUCAGUCAUUGAACUGCUUGACUUAACAGUCAGUGUCCCUCAUUUUGUUAAGCAUUCGUCAACAUCUGGUGCAUCACUGGAUGUGAUAUAACAAUAUCGGAAAUCGUGCUGAAAGAGAAGUUCUGUUUCAAAUUCGAUGGGUAUUAAAAGCUGAUCUAUUUCCACUAACAUAUUGGUUUAGCCAUGGUGGAAAGCAGAUCGUUGAUAAAGUCAUAGUGCUCUAGUCUAAUAAAAGUUUGGUUUCAUACAUUAAUAACCAGAACAAAUCUUUCCUCUGCAUUACAAAAGCAAAAACUCUUGUUAUCCGCCAUACGGCACAAUAGGAAAAAACUUCCAGAAGUGGAAUACGUUUUGGGGCACAAAUGACCCAGAUCUACAAAAGGGAUUUAGAGAAUGGCAUAAUCUAAUUUAUCUCACCUGGUGGAAAUGGACUAGUUCAAAAUAGAGGAUUUCUCAGUGACACCUUUGUCUAAGCUAAAGUCAUAAAAGUUCAUAAAACAAUUAACAUAGCCAUCGAGGCACUCCAAAUUUUGCAGACAAGUGCAAUUCGAAAUACUACUUUCUUUUCCGAUGCAACUUCAUAACUAUGGAUCUGCCAUCUUUUGAUUGAAUAAAUCCAUUCAACUUUAAUCAAACAGGAACAUAAAUAAAACUUGUUUUGUUUUA